AUGACUAUCUCUACCGACUAUACCCUACCAAUCGACUCUUGGGUCGUGGUGACGGGAGCCAACGGCUACAUCGCCUCCCAGGUGAUCAACGCUUUUCUCGCCAAAGGCUAUAAAGUGCGAGGCACUGUACGCUCGGAGAAGCCAUGGCUUGUCGAGGGCUUUCAAUCCAAGUACGGCCCCGGCAGGUUCGAAACCGCGAUCGUUCCCCGACUGGAAGAUGAAGGGGCUCUGGAUGUCGUGGUGCAAGAUGCAGGUGGUAUUGUCCACGCUUCCGACAUGUCUUAUCGCCCCCACCCAAACGAUGUGAUCCCCGGGGUAGUCGCAGCGACAAUGAACGUCUUGACCGCCGCGCAAAAGGCGCCAUCCAUCAAACGAGUGAUUCUUACCUCUUCCGUGAAUGCAGCAUGUCUUGCAAUGGAUGAUGCAUUUGGAUCGCCAAGCAAGACUGUGGACCAGAGCACUUGGAACGAUGCUGCAGUAGCGGCUGCCUGGGACUCCGACACUCCAGAACAUAUGAAGCCCAGCACUGUGUACACUGCCGCCAAGGCCACCGCUGAGCGCAACGCGUGGAACUGGAUGAAGGAGCACAAGCCGCAUUUCACCUUGAACACGGUUCUUCCAAACAUAAAUUUCGGCACAAUCCUAUUCCCUGAGCAUCAAGGCACGUCGAUGCGCCUCACUCGUACUUUGCUCGAUGGAAGUGAUUUUGUCAUGAAGAUAAUCCCACCACAUUGGUAUGUUGACGUGGAGGACACGGCGCGUCUCCAUGUCAUUGCAUUGCUCGACCCUGCCGUGCAAUCCGAGCGCAUCUUCGCGGCCGCAGCCCCGUACAACUGGGCGGAGGUGUUGACGAUUCUCCGAGAGCUACGGCCUGAGAAUAACCAAAUCCCCGAUGCCUACGAUCCAGUGAAGGAGAAAUUUGACCUUGUGCCCUCCAAGCGCGCUGAGGAAUUACUGCAAAGCUUCUAUGGCAAGCCUGGGUGGACUUCACUGAGGGAAUCUUUGGUUAACGGUAUUGAGGGAUACUGA